AUGGUUCGAGGAUUGGUGAAAUUUCCAGGAAUCUCCACAAAGUUAAUGAACAUAUGCGUCGAUUCUCUCUGCAAAUUUCGUAACUUGGAGAAAGCAGAAUCACUGAUCAUAGACGGAAUCAGAUUAGGUGUUCUUCCUGAUGUUGUCACUUACAACACUUUAAUCAAUGGUUACUCUCGAUUCGUUGGAAUCGAUGAAGCUUACGCUGUAACUCGUCGUAUGAGAGAAGCUGGAAUCGAACCUGAUGUUACUACGUAUAAUUCAUUGAUCUCUGGAGCUGCGAAGCACUUGAAGUUGAAUCGUGUCCACCAACUGUUCGACGAAAUGCUUCACUCAGGUUUAUCUCCAGAUAUGUGGAGUUACAAUACUUUGAUGUCUUGUUACUUCAAGCUCGGGAGACACGGUGAAGCGUUUCAGAUUCUUCACGAGGAUGUACAUCUCGCUGGACUGUCUCCUGGUGUUGAUACGUACAAUAUUCUGCUCGAUGCGCUCUGCAAAAGCGGUCAUACGGACAAUGCUAUUGAGCUCUUUAAACAUCUAAAGACCCGUGUUAAACCCGAGCUCAUGACGUAUAACAUUCUCAUCAAUGGUCUUUGUAAAUCCAGAAGGGUUCGUUACGCGGAUUGGAUGUUUAGAGAACUCAAGAAAUCGGGUUACACUCCGAACGCAGUUACAUACACAACAAUGCUUAAACUGUAUUUCAAGACCAAGAGGAUUGAGAAAGGGCUUCGGCUUUUCUUGCAAAUGAAGAAAGAAGGGCAUACGUUUGACGGGUAUGCGAAUUGUGCAGUCGUUAGUGCUUUGAUGAAAACCGGAAGAGCAGAAGAGGCGUAUGAGUGUAUGCAAGAGCUAGCGAGAAGCGGUACUCGGAGUCAAGACAUUGUUUCAUAUAACACAUUGUUGAAUCUAUAUUUCAAAGAUGGGAACUUGGAUGCAGCGGAUGAUCUAUUGGAGGAGAUAGAGCUUAAAGGAUUGAAACCUGAUGACUACACGCACACAAUCAUAGUCAAUGGUCUAUUAAGCCUAGGUCACACGGGAGGAGCCGAGAAGCAUUUGGGAUGUAUGGGAGAGAUCGGGAUGCAGCCGAGUGUCGUCACUUGUAACUGUUUGAUUGAUGGAUUAUGCAAAGCAGGUCACGUAGACCGCGCAAUGAGGUUGUUUGCGUCAAUGAAAGUUAGAGAUGAAUACACUUACACAUCUGUUGUGCAUAAUCUAUGCAAAGAUGGGCGGCUCGUAUGUGCUUCGAAGCUGCUCUUGUCGUGUUACAAUGAAGGAAUGAAGAUUCCGUCAUCGGCGAGACGAGCAGUGUUAUCGGGUUUACGGAUGACGGUAUCUAACCAAGCAGCGAGGAAGACACAUUUCAAAAUCAAAGCUGCUAUUGAGUGCAAUGCACUAAUGCAUGCUUAA